AUGGUGCUCAAGGUGUACGGACCUCACUUUGCUUCACCGAAGCGAGCUCUUGUAACCCUCAUCGAGAAGGGAGUUGCGUUCGAGACCGUUCCCGUCGAUCUCAUGAAAGGAGAACACAAGCAACCUGCUUAUCUCGCUUUACAGCCUUUUGGUACUGUUCCUGCUGUUGUUGACGGAGACUACAAAAUCUUCGAGUCGCGUGCGGUGAUGAGAUACGUAGCAGAGAAGUACAGGUCACAAGGACCUGACCUUUUAGGUAAAACCGUGGAAGAGAGAGGUCAAGUAGAGCAAUGGCUCGACGUGGAGGCUACCACUUACCACCCACCGCUACUUAACCUGACGCUUCACAUAAUGUUCGCACCGAUCAUGGGAUUUCCAGCUGAUGAGAAGCUGAUCAAGGAGAGCGAAGAGAAGCUCGCGGCUGUUCUUGAUGUGUACGAGGCACAUCUCUCGAAGAGCAAGUACUUGGCUGGUGAUUUCGUGAGCUUGGCUGAUUUGGCUCACCUCCCUUUCACUGAUUACUUGGUUGGUCCGAUCGGGAAGGCUUAUCUCAUCAAAGAUAGGAAGCAUGUGAGUGCGUGGUGGGACGAUAUUAGCAACCGUCCUGCGUGGAAGGAGACACUUGAGAAGUAUUCCCUACCGGCUUAA